AUGUGGAUUCAGGAGCAUCUUUACUUCAAUGGUUUCAGUAAAAAUUAUUUGAAUUGGAUUUGGCAUGGCGAGGCUGCGGAGAAGGAUAGAUUAAAUUCGAGUGUCAACCAAGAGCCAACUGAUAAUUGUCAUGAUGAUUUUGAAACUAUUAAUUUGUGUGAGGCAGCGUAUGAUAACCAUACAGAAAAUCCAGAAGCAUUUAUGAAGUUUUUGGAGGAAGCAGAGAAGCCACUGUAUAAGGGAUGCAAACGUUACACAAAGUUGAGUGCACUUGUAAAACUAUACAAUACCAAAGCAAGGCAUGGGAUGAGUGAUGCUCUAUUUUCAGAUCUACUAGCAGAUUUUGGGGACAUGCUGCCAGAUAACCACAAUCUGCCAUCGUCAAUUUAUGAAGCAAAGAAGACGUUGAGUUGUUUGGCUUUGAGUCAUGAAAAGAUUCAUGCUUGUUCCAAUGAUUGCAUCCUUUAUAGGAAACAAUAUAAAGACUGUGUAAGCUGCCCGAAAUGUGGCUUAUCAAGAUGGAAGCUAACUAAGAAAAAUGUUGAGAAGAAAGAUAGCACAAGAGUUGUUGGUCAGUUACGCCAUCCAGUUGAUUCACCGUCAUGGAAAUUGGUGGAUCAUAUGUGGCCCUACUUUAGAAGUGAGGCAAGAAAUAUUCGCCUGGCACUUGCAGCCGAUGGAAUUAAUCCUCAUAGCAAUCUUAGUAUUUUCUAUAGCUGCUGGCCAAUCAUGCUGGCCACAUAUAAUUUGCCUCCAGACAUGUGCAUGAAAAGGAAAUUCAUCAUGCUAACGAUGCUCAUUUCAGGGCCGAAACAGCCUGGAAACGAUAUCGACGUCUACCUUGAGGUUCUGGUUGAUGAUUUGCAGCUGUUGUGGGAAGGAGUUGAUGGAGUUUAUGAUGCUUAUCGAAGGGAGGUUUUCACUCUUAAAGCAGUUCUUUUAUGGACCAUCAACGACUUUCCUGCAUAUGGUAACCUUAGUGGAUGUACUACACAUGAUUAUUACGCAUGCCCAAUAUGUGGUGAGGAUACUUAUGCAAAGCACCUACAAAAUGGGAAGAAAAUGUCAUUUGCUGGGCAUAGACGAUUCCUACCAUGA